AUGAAAGUAACUUUUUUCUAUAUAUUCUUAUUAAAACCAUAUUAUACUAGUGAGUUUGAAGACAAAGAAACUAAUGAAUCAACUCCAAAUAUGGUAGACAAAACUUUUGAACAAGAAGUUGAAUCUAUACUAGACAAAAGAACUUAUUAUUACUAUAUACAAUAUUUAGUAAAAUAG